AUGGCCAUAGGAAAAUCCUCCCUUAAAAAGCAGAGUAGUGCUGCUGAGAGAUGGUACGGUAAUUUUGCUCCGCAACGCACGUCAUUGUCGAAGGCUUAUUCCGAGAUUUGGUCUGAUUUGUACGCACCGAAUUGUGCCAAGGAGUUAGCUGUCCACCAUAGUAAACUGCGGGAAGUUACAGAAGUGUGCAUGAAUGUAAGGACUAGGAAUAAAUGCGUCAUAGUUCUUACUGGACCUCCGGGCAGUUCCAAAUCAACGUGCUUGCUGACGGUCUGUCGGACACUGGGUUACUCACCCCCCCUUAUUUGGACAGAAAGUGAUUGGGAAAGCGGUGACGGUGCUUCAAGUGGAAUGCAACAGUUUGAAGAGUUUCUCUUUAAAUCAACUCGUUACUGUGGUUCUGGUGAUGAAUUGAGUAUUGAUUUUAAUCUUUCCGCGCCAAAGCAGCAAUCCGAAGCUCCACACGUGGUGCUUAUCGAGAUUCAAGUUCUUGACGCUUGCGCUUUAUUAUUGCUUUUUUUCUUUCUAAAGAGCUUAUCGCCUGGAUUUAGUGAUAAACCGCCUCUCUUUCACAAAUGCAUCCGUUCAGCUCUGUCGGACAUCCUUGUGCCUACUCUAUUGGCUUUUGUAUUCACUAAAUCCUCGUCCAUUAACAGUUUUGGGAAUCCUGUUAUGUGCAAUUUUGACAAUGCUACUUUAAAUAGACUUUUCCCUGAAUGGCUUAGGCAAGAACUGGGAAUUUAUUUGAUUGAGUUCAAUCCUGUUGCACCGUUAAUCAUGACGAAGGCGCUUUCCCGUGUUGUGGAGCUCGUAUCCAAUGAGACAGGUGUUCCCGCACCUCCAAAGUCAUUCCUUCAGCGGUUAGCUGCUUCCAGUUCUGGUGACAUCCGUCUGGCUAUCAAUAACCUUCAAUUUGCUCUCAUGCCCGAAAUGAAGUCAAACAACGAAUUUCGGCUGGGCAGUGAUCUAUACGAACGUGACUCAGGACUUGCUGUUUUUCAUGCGUUGGGGAAAAUUCUUCACGCUAAAAGACUUAGUGAUUCUACCCCAUGUAGUGAGUCCUUUCUUCCUCCUCAUUUGCAAACUUGGAAGCGAGCUCCUUUGUCUUUCAACCCUGAGUCAGUCCUAGAUCAUAGCGGUCUGACUGGCGAUGACGUGGUAGCCUGGUUGCACGAGAACUACUUGGCCUUUCAUGAUACUCCAGAGUCCUUUGGGGCUCUGGAAUGGAUUAGCUCUCAAGUAGGAUGGGCCGAUGCCCACCUCUCUGGUGGAAUGAACUGGCGUCUCGGCCUUACCCCCGCUGCGGACCGCAAUUCCUCCUCUUCCUCUACUGGUGCCACUUGUGCGGCUGGAAGUCACUACGCUGCCAUGGUGGCGACCCGCGCCGUCGCUAUUUGGCCUCCACUCAAGGCGGCUGGUGCCAUUGGUAGCAGAUUUCGGCCCCUCAAAGCGCCUCAAUCGAAGCAGGUAGAGGCGCGACUACGUGACUCACUAGAGGCGUUGAGAGCCUCCUGUGAGUUAUCUGCUAACGCGCAUCGAGUGAAGGAAGUUCUCAUUGAUGGGUUGAGAUGGAGUCUUCUCGAUCGACUUCCGCUGGAAUUGGCUGUUCUUGGUUCGAGGUUUCCCGACAACAUAGAACUCCUUUCUUCAAUAUGUCGUUUUCAAGGCGUCAAUGGGACUACUGAAUUCGAUUCCCGCGCGGUAAAACGACGUGCAAUGCCCUUCAAAAGCAACGAGUUCGGCGGCGUUUCCACGACAGAACACUGCCGUCCUUACGAUGGCGCCACUGAUACUGAUGUGGAGGCAAUUAUUGAUGAAAACUUCAGUGAUGAGGAGUGUCCUCCCCCACUCGUUUAG